CCUGUCCACCAGGUGGCCUAUUGUUUACCUUGUUGCUACCUGACAGGUAAAUAGGAAGUUUAAUUGAGAAGCACGUGUGACAACUUGUACCGGCUUGGGUUGACAUGAUCUCACGGUUAAUUAGAUAAUUAGGUAGACGAUUGAAUCAUUUGACAAGAGAACAGAAGACUUCACGAUGAAUCGUCAAGGUCAACCAGGAGGUCCUGGAGGAGAUAAGAGACAGCAGCAGCUGGACCAGAUAUCGAAGGGAUUCAGACAGUUCCCUCUUAGUCCAUACAUGUUACUAGCUUCUAUGGCUUUCUGGAUCUUUCUUACGUAUGCUAGUUUCAAGGGCAUUCAAUAUUUUGGCGUCCAUCGUCGAUUGGAUGAUACUGACCUUGUUCCAAAUUGUCCGGUCAAGUUUGGUGCAACCGUGGAAGAUAACAUUAUAGUUGUAGAAAAUUAUACAGGUGGAGAAUCAAUGCCGUAUGUAAAACGAAUUGGGUCUCAAAAGUUUUCUGAUUCAUUUAUUGGCGAAGAAGCACCUGUAGAACUGACAGAAAUCCCGCCAAUUGUAACAGCUGUGACGUCAUCAGACUUUUACAAUCUCCAGAGAAUCAUAGAACAAACAGCUUCCAUAGCGCCUAAGAAAAACAUAAAGCUGAACUUGAUAGUCUAUGACCUUGGACUGUAUUCAAAAGAAGCAGCACUGAUAAAGAAACACUGUAAUUGUGAUUUCCGUACAUUUGAAUGGUCAGUGUACCCAUAUCACGUGUCUGACAUGAAUAUAAGAGCAUGGAUGCCUAUUAUCAUACAGAUGAUACUUGAAGAAUUUGGUUCUGCAAUGUGGAUUGACCCGUCAGCUUCUAUAAAUAAUGUCCAAGAAUUGAACCAGUUUAAAUACAGAGCUGAUAGAAGUUUUUUCCUGUACGAAUAUCCGAUUUUUACUGCAAUAAACGCAUACACCAACCCGAAAAUGUUUAAACAUCUGAACGAAAAGCGUUGUACGUUUGUUGACCUUGGAAUGAUGGACACCCGUGUUAUGGUGUUAUACCGGACAAAACAAACAUGGUACGGAAUAAUGAAACCAUGGUUAAAAUGUGCUCUUACUAAAGAUUGCAUUGCACCGGAUGGCGCGAGGAGGACCGAAUGUUUCCACUACAAGCGUCCGAAAUCCACAGGAUGUCAUUGGUAUGAACAGUCAAUCUUUAGUAUUAUUAUAAAUAGAGUAUACCAGUUUACUAUUAAUUCUGACAAAUUCAAGUCACCCCACGCUGUGCAUUUUGAUGAUACUGAGCUUGUGUAUUAUUUUCCCGAACAGCCAUGGACAUACACACAAAUAUUUCUAAUCUUCACGUUACCUCCAAUGGUUAUUGUUACAUUGUGGUACUUGAAAAAACGAAGAGAUGCGAGCAAAAGAAAUAAAUUUUACAAGCGAUAGUGUUCAGAAAAAAAACUUGUGUUCAUAGACAUUCCAAGAAGAUACAAAAAUGUAUCUGCCAUUACCAGCGACUGUUUUGGCUUGGAGAAGCAAUCCUCCUUAAUGCCAUACAUUGACGAACACAGCAA